UUCAGUUGUACAGAGUUUGACACUAGUCUUAUCAGUUGCCUGGCUGCCUGUUACUCUUCCGCCUGUUGAUAGUCAGUAGCCGUUGUGUUGUUUGCCGCCUUUCGAAUGCAAACUGAGUAACUUUACAUUUGCUCUACAACGAAACGGACAACUUACGGAGGGAACCCCAAACUGCUUUCUCACGUCAGUUGUUGUACGCCUCAAUGGACACUGUUCAGAAAUUGAAGGCUGGCUUUUCCUUGGACCUGGGACCAUUGAAAGAACCUCUAGGAGUUAUUCGUGUCUUAGAAUUGGUGUGGGUCUUCACCAUCUUUGCCUUUGCCACCACUGGAGGUUACUAUGGGUCAACCCACUUCAAGAUCAAAUGUCCAGGAGGCGUUGAUCAGCAUACAGAUCCUGUGUUUGGCUACCCGUUCAGGUUGCCAGCGAACCCGUAUCAGAUAACGUUAUGCAACAAAAGUCGAUCCAAUGAGACCUUCCUGCAGGGCGACUUCUCCUCCUCGGCAGAGUUCUUUGUGUGCGUCGGCGUGUUUGGGUUCCUUUAUUGCACCGCCACACUGAUCCUCUACCUGGGCUACCAGAACGUCUACCGCCAGACCAGCCGUGGUCCAAUCAUCGACCUGGUGGUGACCGCUGCCUUUGCCUUCCUGUGGCUUGUGUGCUCCUCAGCCUGGGGCAAAGGCCUGACUGAUGUCAAAUGGGCCACUAACCCAGACCAACUAAUCCUGACCCCGUCAUGCAAGGACAUCUGUGAGGCCGGAGAGUUCCCUUCCAUGGGCCGCCUCAAUGCCUCAGUGAUAUUUGGCUUUUUGAACAUGAUCCUGUGGGCCAGUAACUGCUGGUUCAUUUACAAGGAGACUCCUUUCCACAAGGACCCCAACCCACCGGCCACCAUGGAGGAAGGAGGGGCCCCCGAGCCCUAGCCACAUGAGGGUCCUCAAGCAUUGCCUCUGUGCCCACAGCAGAACCGCUUUGUGCCCAACACUGGUCUCUGAUGUUAACCUGCAGAAAUGGAAACAAAUGGAAGGCUAUUGUCCUAAAUCCUCCCCUAUACCUCCCGACGCGUGUCAGAGCUGUAUUACAGUUAUGGGUCUUUAGCUCAAGUUAACUUGGUCCCUACUGACAAUAAGCAACCACAAGUCAUUUUUUAUUUUUUCUCCUAAAUCUGUCAUCGCUGUUUGUAUUUGGUGUUCAUGUCUGCAGUGCAUUUGCUUCCACAUUAGCACUCUGUUCUCCCUUUAUAUCCGGCCCUUCAGGAGCCAUUUAAUGAUGGACCUGUGAUGUAAGAACCCAGAGUCUCUACUGGUCUCCAGCCAGGGAGAAGCCAAAUGAUUUACAGAAGCUGAGAGCAAACAGCCCUCACAUUCAAUAAAGCAAGUGUUGCUAUGAGAAACACAAUCCAUUUUUUUAGGUGGGAGCAAAUGCACUCAGAGGUUCUGAGCAGAAGUCCUUCUUCUGUUAUUUAAUCUGCAAGUGGCUGGCUACAGUACAGAUUCCAAGUACUGUAACGCUAAACAUUUCAAUCACUUCACUUUCAAAAGAUGUGUUGAACGCUUUUUUUUCUUCUUUUUUCCCAAGAUAGCCGAGCCAAGCUGUACAAUUGGACUGCGGCAUGUGUUCUCUUCUUUUCUGAGCCCCGCCCUCUGAGGCACCAAGCCGUCUCACGGUUCAAUUAACCUCCGCGCCAUUUCCCCAUCAGUGAUCUACCGACGCUCACAUAUACUUUAAGACCCCAUGGGGGUUUCAGUUUCAGCAAACUUUGGUUUUCGUGUGCUUAAAAAGAAUACACACUAAGUAAAAUGGAAAAACACACACUACGAUAUACUGUACUCUAAGUGGGGAAGCAGAGACUUUUCUUUCACUAUUGUAAUUGUGGGUGAUGCUUCAGGUUGGCUUUGACAGCGUUUAUCUUCAGCCUGUAUCCAGAAGCAGGCUGGUUCCCAACAACGUUUACUCCAGUUGCUGUUGUACUUCACAGACGUCAGGCCAGCCAGGUUUAGUUCUUGUUUAAUUCAAAUUGUUACAUUUACACUACUCAACACUACGUCUCAUUCUGGUUUAAAAGAAAGGUGACAUUAUUUAUAUACAGGUCUAAUGCAUUUUUUAUCUACACUAAUUAGUCCGUUGCAUAUUUUUAAAACCAAUGUUGGGUUUCUGUUAUUUCCCAAUGGAAAUGUUUCAGUGUGCAACUUCUCUUUGAUUAUUAUUAAUUUCUUUUGGGAAGUCCGGUUUUCUGUUAAAUGUGUUGUACCACUGAGUAGCCUCAGGCCUAAUCGUAUGAUGAUGAUGAUGAUGAUAAAUAGUUGAAGUAACAAAAGAUUUAUGUAAUCUUGCUGUAUUUCUUAAUGACUACUGCCCAUGGUUGUGCUCUACAUGUAACUUAACAGCCACAUGAGAAGGCUUUGUGUUGAACUACAGUCACUCUUUGUCAGCACAUUGAUUAUUUGCUUUGCACUAAGAGGAUCUAAUGCACUCUACUAAGUUCCACUUUUGAGUUAUUGGCCCACCUGUGCAGCUUUUCCGUUUCAUCGCUGAAGCCUCUGUAGGGAGGCGACGUUUGAGUCACUGUCGGUAAAUAAGUUUGUUUUACACAUUGUAUUAAAAAUCAAACACAUAUUUCUUAAGAUGCUUUAUCAUUUUUAAAAGAUAAUUCUUAGUUAAAUUAGAGCACAGUAAUAAGUGGGAUAUUUAGGUAAUGCCUUGACAUUGGACUUCAUGUGUCUGAUGCCUUUUUUUGUACAAAAGAAAACAAUGGUUUAACUGUACUGACGAGUGUAAAACAAGAGUGCUGUAA